GGGGCCGGCAGGAAAGGAGGCUCUUGGAGGCGCCGGGAGUAGCGUGCCUGGGCGGAGCCACCGCAGGGAAGGCCCCUCAGUGGGCCAGCUAGAACCCAGGACCGGCGCAGCUAGGCGGGCCGGAGCAGGAGGAGGUUCGCACAGUGCGGUCUGGUCCUACUUGGAUUUGGCUGGCCUGCCGCGCUCAGUUCCUCAGCUCGGGUGGCUCGGGCAGAGUCUGCGCGAUGGGCGACCCGGAAAGGCCGGAAGCGGCCAGGCCGGAGGAGGGUGAGCAGUUGUGUUCAGAGACAGAAGAAAAUGUGGUAAGGUCAAAUGAAGAGCCACUCCUAAGAAAGAGUUCCCGACGGUUUGUCAUUUUUCCAAUCCAGUAUCCUGAUAUCUGGAGAAUGUAUAAGCAAGCACAGGCAUCUUUCUGGACAGCAGAAGAGGUUGAUUUAUCAAAGGACCUCCCUCACUGGAACAAGCUUAAACCUGACGAGAAGUAUUUUAUCUCCCACAUCUUAGCCUUUUUUGCAGCCAGUGAUGGAAUUGUAAAUGAAAACUUGGUGGAACGUUUUAGUCAGGAGGUGCAGGUUCCAGAGGCUCGCUGCUUCUAUGGCUUUCAGAUUCUCAUCGAAAAUGUUCACUCAGAGAUGUACAGUUUACUAAUAGACACUUACAUCAGGGAUCCAAAGAAAAGGGAAUUUUUAUUUAAUGCAAUUGAAACAAUGCCAUAUGUUAAGAAAAAAGCAGACUGGGCUCUGCGCUGGAUAGCAGAUAGGAAAUCUACUUUUGGGGAAAGAGUGGUGGCCUUUGCUGCUGUAGAAGGAAUUUUCUUCUCUGGAUCAUUUGCUGCUAUAUUCUGGCUAAAGAAGAGAGGCCUCAUGCCUGGACUGACUUUUUCAAAUGAACUGAUCAGCAGGGAUGAAGGACUUCACUGUGACUUUGCCUGCCUGAUGUUUCAGUACUUGGUAAACAAGCCUUCAGAAGACAGAGUGAGGGAAAUCAUCGUUGACGCUGUUAAAAUUGAGCAGGAGUUUUUAACAGAAGCCUUGCCUGUUGGACUAAUUGGAAUGAACUGUGUUUUGAUGAAACAGUAUAUUGAAUUUGUAGCUGACAGAUUACUUGGAGAACUUGGAUUCUCAAAGAUUUUUCAGGCAGAAAAUCCCUUUGAUUUUAUGGAGAACAUUUCAUUAGAAGGGAAAACAAAUUUCUUUGAGAAACGAGUUUCUGAGUAUCAGCGAUUUGCAGUCAUGGCAGAAACCACAGAUAAUGUCUUCACCUUGGAUGCAGAUUUCUAGAGCCUUCCUCAUAAAAAAAAAAAAAAAUCUAUAGCAUUCGGCUGUGGUGGUACACACCUUUAAUCCAGGCCUCAGAGGAGGCUGAGGGCAGCUGGAUCUCUGGGAGUUUGAGGAUGAUCAGGGAUAUAUAUACUGAGAUCUAUCUCAAAAACAACAUAACAGCAAAACCAAAAAAAAACCAAAACAAAACAUAUGAAAACCUGUUGUUGGUAAAUAGCAGUCUGUUUUUCUGUCUUUUUGAAACAUUGUGUAUCUCAUUUAAAAGAAUGAGAGAGGAAAUCUAAAACUAAAUUCUAAGUGAUUUGAUUUUAUUUAAAUAUACUUCAGUUUAUUUAUACAAUGAGAGUGUGACCUAAAUGUCUUCUUAUUUAUUUAUCUUUUUUGGUCAUAAGCACUUAAGAUGGUAUUAAGAUUGAAGAGUCAGGUAUGAGCUUGACAUUCUGGCUUACUCCUUGGUGUGACCUUGGCAAGUCAGUUAAUCACUGUAAACUUCAGGACAUUUAUCUGUAAAAUUUGUAUAAUAGUAAGUGUCAAGUUCAUGGAGGUGACCAGAGGGUUAAUAUACAGAAAUAGUUUGUUUAUCUAAUAAUUUUACCUCCACUACCUCGACUGCUAAUCAAUAUUAGUGAUAAGAUCAAGUACAGUGGCAUUGUGAUGCAGUCUACUCCUCUUCAGAGUGAGUGUGACUCCGGGUUGUAGUGAGACCAAGCACUCAUUAGAUCUUUGUGUUUUUAAUGCUUGCAGGAAUAGGAGGAUCUCUGUAGAAAGAUCACAACUCUUACCAACUGCUUUGAAUUCAUUAAUCUGCAGUAAAGAAAUAAUAUAUAGCUCUUAAUUGCUCAGUGUGGGAGGCUUAUGGAGUAGACUCCAAGUCACCAUGGUUGUGGAUCUUGUAAGCAAAGUGAUUCUUCUUUAGGAAUUAAAAAGAUAACUGUUGCUAGGUACAGCCCUGGAAUGUUUAGAAGCUGGAUAGAUGGGCAUUUCUCAAAGUCGUCUUCUCAGAGCUGGUAGAUCUUCCAGAUUUUUUGUGAUAGAAAAGGAGAUACAGUCAGUGGACGUGGGGAACGCUGUGCACUCCAUUCCUAGAGUCAGUCAGCAGAGUAGCUGAGGAAGAGCUGUGCAGAAGGCUCACCCUGCUGCCCACACAAGUCUGUCAGCACCUCGCACAGCUACAGAGUGUACUGGGGGAAGCUGGACCCUGGAGAUGGAGAACAAAGGGAGGUGGGAGGGCUUAGCGAGCCAUUUUGGAUGUAUGCCAAUCUGAGAAAGUGAUUUAAGAUUGACUUCAUCUUUAUGUCCUUCUACUCUUAAAUCUCUACACUGUUAUAAAGGAAUGUUCUUUUCGUGGACUGUCUAUGUUACAGGGUAAGAUGAUGAGGGAGAUGUAAGUCUUUCUAAGAAAGACGCAGAAAGGCCAGGAGCCAGGACACCUAGGCAAUGUGCCCUUCUUCAUUUUCAGGAAAAUAUCAAGAGGAAGCCUAACCCCAUCAAACCCUGGUCCCCUACUCAGUAAAGUUCCUGCUACUCAAGCUUGAGGUCCCGAGUCCUGACCCUUAGCACUCCAUAAAAACCAUAGCACAUACUCAUACACCUACCUGCACAUGCACACAUAUGCACACAUACAAAGUACAAAUAAAAUUGUGGCAGCUGAAAUUCAGAGAUUUAUCUCUGUUUAAGUUUUUAUUCUAUUUGCUCUACAACUAUCUGAUCAAAACUCAGAAUCCUAAAUGAAUGCUAGCCAUAUUUCCAUUGUUAGAGGGAGUACCUGAAAUGAAACAUUUUGGCUUAUGGUUUUUGGCUCUGUGCUUCCCAUGGUCAUGUUAUCACUCAGUAGCCCUCUACGCAUGACAGAGUAGCUACUUCUAAAACCUGGGGAGAGGAAGGAGGGCAUCGGAGAAGCUGAAAAGCUUAACCAAGACUUUACAGUCACUGUCCUUAUGCUGUAAUAUGUUGAGACUGUCACAUCCUUUAAACUUAAUCCAUCAUGAUUUAUUUUGCCUAUUCCUUUACUAAUUAAACUAUCACAUACUACCAUAGCAGAGUAUCAAAAUAUCACAGACCUUGGGGUAUAUAGGUAGUAUGUUCCAGGGUAUUUAUCAACUAUCAUACAAAAACAGCUAAAACUUAAAUUGUCUCAGACUGAAAGAAAACAGUUUUAAAAGUGUAUAUUCUCAAAGUUUUAAAUCCAGAUCUUCCUCAUGAGUAGGGACAGGAACCUUUAUGUGAUCCAUAUAAAUAGUAGCAAUAAGCAAAACUGUAUUUGAAAGAAGCCUUAAUUCUGAAAAACUGAAUUCUUAAUAACCUGUUACAUUACUACUCUCAGUAUUCUGUAUCCUUUCAAUGCCUCCAGGUUGCUCAUUUAUUUAUUAUGUUUGGUAUUUUGGUUCUUAGAUACGGAAGAAUCAAGUUAUAAAAUGUCUUUUCAGUAUCUCACAGAUAACAAAAAAAUCAAAGUAAUGCCUUUCUCUUUUUUUACAGUACAUGUGUUUUGAAGAAGUUCAACUUAUCAUAGAAUUGUGAUUUUAUAUUUUAAGGUGAUAAACAACUUUGUCAUAACCAUAGUUUAAAUAUGUGUUCCAACAUAGAAGUGUGAUGUAGAGGAACUGUGGAUGAGUUUUUUGCGGGCUGAGUUUCAAUAAUAAAGAGUUAUUUUUGUGAUGUAGAGUACUCCCAGCCAUGUCUUAUUAUUUGAACCUGUUAUAGUUGUUUCAUUUAAAAACCUCCAGGUUCUACUUAUGUCACUGCUUUAUUAUGUUGAUUUUCCUUAUUUAGUUGAUGUCUCAUCAUGUGGUCUGGCCUGGAUCUCACACAUGAGCCUCCUGCUUCAGCCCCCCAGUCACUGGGGUUAUAGGUGUGUGCCGCCACACCCAACUACCACUUUAUGUUUUGUGUAUGAAGAAAUGUGCAUGUUUAAAAGUAAUUUAAUGUUCAAAAUUUUGUAUUUUAUAUUUAAGUGUAUUUAUGUCAUUUUCAUAGACUCCAGAUUUACUUUUCAUAGUUAAGCAAAGAGCCCAAUGUCUCUUCAUUGAUUAAAAAAAACUCUUGAUGGGGUACAUUAAUACCAAAUUAGUUCUAAAGUCAGGAAUCAUGUUUUGAAUUCACUGAAUGAGUUGUCACCCAACUCAGACAGAACCUGGGGUUAAUAACUUACAAGUCAGAUUGCCUAUACUUUUCAUCAUUUUUCUUUAAAUGAUCUGCUCCUUUGUAAACUGCUCUGGGUCUGAAGGAGAAUUUAAUAUUCCUGAAAACCUAGGGGAAAGAUGUAGUCCUCAAAUCUGUGGUUCAGUUCUUAAAGAAAAAAUACAAAAAGGGCAGACUAGAGGGUGACUUUUUUUUUUUUUUUUUUUUUUUUUAAGAAAAGUGAAUUCAUAAUAUUUUAAACAUGUCUUUUAACUAUUUUAUAACUUUUUCAAGUGUCUGGUCAUUUAACUAAAUUGCUAAUUAUUUAAACAUCUACUAAGUAUAUAGCAAGUUUUAUUAGACAUGGUGUUAAAAUACAUGAUGGUCAGUCAAAUCAACUCUGCAUGUAGAGCUUGAGGGUUUUUUUUCCUCUGGAAAAUUAUGACUUUUUAAAUAAAGUUUAUUAAAGUAAA